CAGCGGAGUUACCCAUGAUGGCGGCCUAAAUCUUCGAUCAUGGCGAUCUUGCCAACUCACCAUAGCAGAUUUCAGCCAAUUCCCGUCCAUAGAUCCGGUCUUAGACUCAGAGAAAAGUAUGUUUUGUUGUUAAUUUUUAUAGCUUUUCUUCUUUUAUGCUUUGGAGCAUUCUUCUUCGUCCCAGACUUGAGAGACCGGACUUACCUGGAGAACGCUUACAAAAAAUUCGUAGGUGCCGGUGGCGAUAUUUUGCCCAUUAGACCUCCUAAAACACCCAUUGUGAAGCAUGUCGAAGGUAAAUAUCUGAUAUUUUUGUCAACUUAAAGACUUUUUGACUUGAUUUAAGUAAACUUAAGGCGCUAUUUUGCAGCCUUUGUCGCUAAUCUUUAAUGUGUUUUCGUUUCCACUCAAGAAGCCACCUCGCUGCCUAACAAGAGAGAAGCCGACGAUCUAGGAGCUGAAAAUCAGAAUGUUGAAGUUAAUGUACCUCAGAAAACUCCGACAAAACUGUCCUUAAACCAUAAGGAAUUAAUGGAAAAAAUAAGAAAGGACAAAGAGAAGUUUAGAGAAGAGAAGAAAUCUCAAAAGGAAGCUGAAAAGCGCGCUAAAAUUGAGAAAUUAGUGAACAAUUCUAAGGUGGACGAGACCGGAGCAAAGGGAAUCACCGGGGGAGAACCUUCAGAUGAGUUAGCUAAGACACGAAGAAAUUUUAUAAAAAAGGUACGUUGAUUGUUUAAUGCCAUAAGUACGUGGACAAGUUUAGUGCUUUUAUGUAGUUACGCGUUUUCAGUAUUCAUAAUCAUUAGUCGGCACUGUUGGUAUUAAAUUAAUGUUGACAGUCGAAGAAAAACUGCAACCUGUAACCCAACUCAACGUAAGAGCGAUCACCUUAAUUUUAAUCACCAAUUCACUCUUAAAAGUUUAGGAGAUUAUUUACUUUCCAGUCAUCCUUUACAGGUCGAGAAAGAUGUAUCGUUCCAGAAUAUUCAAGUUUUAUUAAACAGUGUUAGUUUGUUUGUGACGUACACGCACGUUUCAGGUUUUCAUUGGUUGCAUUAAAUUUAAUCUUACAUGGUUAAAAUAAGCUACGAUUUUACUUGAGAAGUCUGUACUUAUUAAAUGUGGGUCAAGUACUGAUACUGCCUCAGUCAUUAUUCUUCUGAAUAUAAGUUUUGCAAUAAUUAAUGAUGUUGCAUGCUCAGCUUUGAUAUUUAGAAUACUUUGAUGUCACUGCUGAACAAAUUUCAUUGUUGACUCACCUGGUAUAUAUCAUUAAACCAGAUGUAACCUUGGUUUAGUUAGUUGCUGACUUUUCAAAAAGAAAAGAGCCACAGUGCUUUUAAGCUUUUGCUGAUUGAUUCUAAUGUCUUGUGUGAGACUAACAACAUCAAUCACAACUUUUUUUAAACAAUGGUGGAUGAGGUUUUUGUGAUAUUCAGAAUAAUCAAGGCUGAGGUAGGUGUUAUCAGCUGAGCCAAGUAUAGUUUAAAAGGGCAAUUGAUAAUUUGGUCAUGUGAUGGAUUAUUCAUGUUUGCUGUUUGCUCUAAAAAAGGUUCUAAAAUUCUUUAAUUUGUAGAAUUGAAAGGCUUACCUGCCUUGACUUAGUGUAAAUGGUCUUAACUACAUUAGCCUGUGCUGCAAAGGAAAGUCCGUCUAUGAAACAGGGCUGAAAUCCUUGUUCCGGGUCCCCACUUGUGCACCAGGGCUGGGUUGUUCAAAGCUGGGUUAAGAUAACCCAGGGUUAGUGGAAAAUUUGAAUUCAAAUAUGAAAGCUUAUAAAGUAAAUUCAGUUUAAUUCUUUUUGUCUACAAGUUGAUGAUUCAAUGCUCUAUGAAUAUCAGAGAAAACUGUCCCAGGAAAUGCUUUUGAACAAAAGAAAAAGAAUCCCGGGUUAAAUUUAACCCUGGGUUAAGUGCUAAUCGGCCAUCGAACAACUGGGCCCAGGAUUUGAGUAGGCGCCAAAAAGUCAGAUAUAAAAAAAUCAUUGCCGAUUUUUCAAUCAAGAUCAAAGGAAUUCAAAAAACACUUCUGGUGAUUCUUCUGGUGAUUCGUUUGUGAUUCGUUCUGGUGAUUCCUUUGGAGGUCCAGAACAAGACUCAUGAUGCUGCUUCGCAGAUGUUUCUAACCAAGGUUAAAUUACAUCUGUGAGGCAUGCUAUAAGUUCAUUUGCAGUAAAUUAAUUUGCUUAACAGUAAAUCCAAAGAACCUAUGGAGAACACAGUUUCAUUUGGUAAGCAUUCCCUUCGAUAUUUAGGUCCCAUUUUAUAGAGCAAGCUGGACAAAAAUGAUAAAACGUGUAAAUCAUUAAGUGAUUUUAGAAACUGAAUGUAUAAUACGGAUCUGACAUCUCUUAUUGAUGAUGGAUGCAAAGGAUGUCUUCUGUGUGAUACUUGAUGUCUCAUCGGAAACAAUUUUAGCAUUUUAGUACUCAGCUUUAGUAUUUUAGCUAACAAUUUGUAACAUAUUGUAUGGAUUUUUUUUAUCUACUUAAUUAUUGUCUCUAUUAUAUUUUAACUGUAGGUGUCCCCUAUUUAAUAGUAGAGGGCCUGCCCCUCGGCUAGUUUUUCUUUCUUGACACAUAAAUAAAGUUUCUAUCUAUCUAGAACAUACAACUGGCUUUUUGUUAUUAAAAUGUCUUACUAGAUGAUGGAACAUGCCUGGACAGGAUAUGUAAAUCACGCAUGGGGUGCCAAUGAGUUACGGCCAAUAAGCAAGUCGGGGCAUUCAGCAUCAAUAUUUGGAGCUUCUUCAAUGGGUGCUACAAUAGUUGACGCUUUGGACACUUUAUACAUUAUGGGAAUGAAAGAUGAGUUUGAGCGUGCAAGGAAGUGGGUGGCAGUAUCACUUCACUUUAAUCAUGUGAGUACAAAAGAAUCUUACUGUACAAAUUUCUCUAUUGCUUGGGCAAUUCAAUUACAAGUACAGUACAUGUAUGUUUGUUUGUUUGUUUUCAACUUGGCCACAUGGUGGACUUGGUGAUGAUGGUGUUUUUUAAAUGUCAAUCUGGAAGUCUAUGUAGGAUUCCAGUUCCUACUUUUGCAAGAAAAGGUUUUUGUCCCUGCUCUUAGCAGCUAUGUAUUUUCCCCUUUAACCUUAUUAAACCGCAAAUCAAUCUCUGAAAGGCUUAUUAAUUUUCGAACUUUCUAUUCUAGAGGUGCUUGUUGUUUAAUCGCGGAAGCACAAUCUUCUUUUUUCAUACCAAAAAGAGGCAAUUAUUCCAGGGACAGUGGUUAAUUGAAGUGAUUGCUUUAUUGUGUUUACUUGCACACCAGAAGACAGACCCUUAAUAUUUUGUCUCAUCAUCCCAUCUUAACAUACAUGUAUGUGUAAGAUAAUCACCGCAACUGAACAUGGGUUUUCUUAGUGUUCCUAAUUAAGAAUUGGUUUCCUUGACUAAAUUUUAAGGCACUUGAAUCAGCAACUUAUACGUGAAAACCUCAUCCAAUUAUUAAUUUUUUUCAUUGCCAUUUCUCUAAACAGGCUUCAGACGUGUCCGUGUUUGAAACCACAAUACGAUUUCUUGGUGGACUUUUGUCUGCCUAUGCUUUCAGUGGAGAAGAGGUAUGAGCAACAAUGUUGUUUCCUUGCUUUUGACUAUGUAAAAGCUUUAUACAGUAUAGUUUUAAUAGUUAGAUAUACAUGUAUGUGUAUUAUUGGUUGAUAUCAAUCCUCUAAAGUGCGCAAACUAAGUAGACGGCAGUGGAAACUGCAUUACAAACUGUGGGCAAUAGAUCAGGAGCUCCCUUUGUGCAUUUUACGAAGGCUCCUACUUGGUUAGCAUUUCCAUUCGCUUCUUGCUUUCUGGCCUGUCAGGAAAGUCAUUAAGACAGAAUCCAUUAGGAAAUUGUACCAGAAUAUUUAAACCUCAUCGUAUUCUUUUUUACAUUUUUCAAGGGCUAUAGAUGUAAUUAGUUACUGUAUUUAUUCGAAUAAGCGCCUAACCUCGAAUUAGCGCCCACCUUGAAUAAGCGCCCAUCCUAAAGGCAGAAAAAGUUAAUAAGCGCCCACCCCACCACACCUUCCUCCCACUCUCACUCAAACUCAAAUUAACGACCACCCCUAAAACUGAAUAAGUACUAAUAAGAGACUUCCCCAAGGACGGAGUUUUCUUCAAAGUAUUUUACAGGAACUUUGCUUUGUUACAUCUUGGCGUUUUGUUAUUACCAUUUAUUGUUUUGUUGCAAAAUACACAUACUACACCUGCUGAAAAUGUUGAAAAUUUAAUAAGUGCCCACCCUCGAAUAAAUGCCCACCUUGAAUAAGCGCCCACUCUCAAGGUCCAAAAAUUGAAUAAGCGCCCAGGGCGGUUAAUCGAAUAAAUACGGUAUCUGUAAUAACACCAAAAUUUCUUAUGAGAGCCUGAUAAAUUUCACAAAAUGACACCUUAUACAUGAAAGUGUCAGAAUUUUACCUGUGUUUUCACAAUUCUGGUGAAAUUUGACAUUUAUUUUCCCAGGCUCCCAUGAGAAAUAGUCUUUGAUGUUAUUACAGAUAACUAAUUAUAUCUAUGGCCCUUGAAAAAUGUUACAAAGAAUGCGAUACUGUUUAAAUUAUUCUGGUACAAGAUUUUUGUCCACUGAAAAUUGAAAUUACUCAAUUUCCUAAUGGAUUCCGUCUUAAUUCUUGCUGUUAGUAUAAUUAUCAACCUCUCUCCCUCUCCCCUCUCUGGUAUGUGUCAAAUUUUGGUUAGUAUCCCCUUGACUGGUUCAUUGUGAUGGUCUGCCAUGGAUAUGUUACAGGUCAAAAUUGUAUUCAGGUUGAUGUUUCUUAACCCAGGUUGAUUCUCAGUUUCCUUUGUCUCCUAUCCCUAAUUCAUGAAUAAUUAGGGUUAGCUAAUUGGAGACAAAGGAAACUGGGAAUCAACCUUGGUUAAAAAAUUUUAACCUAAAUUUAAUUUUGACCUGUAACAGAUACAGUGUACCUCCUCCAUGCCCGACAGCUGCCUGGAUGGCUCUACCAAUCUUUCGGGCACCAGCUCUCAGGCUCAUCUAUUGUUGAUUUAAGCCUAUGUGAUAAAACUCUCAGAAAAAAGCCCAGGGGUUUUAUAUGUGGGGUUCUAUCAGUGAUAACUUGCAGUAACCUGUACAAGUUUAUAUUUUGGCUAGUUUUAUAUCAUAAUUAAUAUCAUAAUAUGUUAUUUACACUGAACUUGUUUUACAGGUUUUCAAAGUGAAAGCUAAAGAAGUUGGCGACAAACUCCUGGCUGCAUUUAACACACCGACAGGAAUACCAUGGGCAAUGGUUAAUUUUGCCAGGUUUGUAUUUUAAGUACAGGGGAACCCUAUUAACAUGGACACCAAAGGAACAUGCCAUAGUGUCCAUUUAUUAUCCGGGUGUUCCUAUUAAGCUGGCUCACUUAAAAAGUGUCCCAGACUCAUGCUGUAUUGACAUUGAGACUUAAAAAGACAUAGAAGAGGUGUAGGUCGAAUGACUGCAGCAAAAAGCCAACAAAGUGAAAGUUGUGUAGUAGAAGACAAAAAAUGUUUGAUGAGGCUACAGUACAAGGGUCAAACACAGGGAAACAAUGUUGAACUACAGCUGUAUUUUGCUACUGUAUUAUUAAACUCUUUGAAAUCUGUCAUUAUUGGAACAUGGUACAUUGUCUACAAUAAUAAUUGUAGAUACGUAACUGUGACAAGGGAAAGAGACAGUGUGUAGAUAACCAGUGUCUGUGAAGCAGAGUGGACAAUUUGAGGGUUUGCACCUCGGGACACAGAAAAGUGGCUGUGUCCGUUCUCUGUAUUAACCAGUGUCCAUAAUACUAAUUAGGGGGUUAAUAUGAGAGAAAAUACACAUGUUUAGGUAAUGUUUAAGCUUUUCAUCAGGACAACUGAAGCUGAAUGUCCAUUGUAAUGCCGGUGUCCAUAUUAAUUUGGUUUCCGUAGGGGGGAGUUUCACUGUAGAAUAAUUCAUAAGACAGGGGCACCUUUCAUCAUCCUAAGACAACUUUACACUUUAAAAAUCUAUUAGCGAUAAAAAAUCAAGACGUUUAGACCUCUCCGAGGUCAUUUUAAAGUGUUGAAGAACACAAAGGAUUGGCAAUCGGAAACCACCUCAGAGAGCAGCAUGAUAUGAAGCCUGAAGACAUCGAACAAAGUUUUAGAAUCUUAAGAAAGUGUCAGAACAAAUUUGACUACCUUAUUUUUGAAAUGUUUUUUAUCCGAGAACUGAAACUGAUGCUUAACAAACAGUGCGAUUCAAUUCGCGCCAAAUUAUUUGUUUAGAGUAGUUCUUGUUAACAUUGUUUUAUUUCCGUUGUUUUUUGACUUUACAAAUAUUUUUAGCACUUUUUACGUUUUAACAUAUUUUAUCACAUUUUAGCGUUCACCACAUUUUUAUCUAUCAUAACUUGUUUUUAACUUAUUUAUGCUAAUUUAGAGAACUUUUAUACACUUGAAAAUGACCUCGGAGAGGUCGACACGUCGUGAUUUUUUAUCGCUAAUAUUUAUCUCAAAAUCAAUUUCUAAGAAACUACUUAUUAAAAUAUAUUAGGUUUUUCUUAUUGUUUUCCCAAACAUCUUAGUAGAUGCUCUUUAAAGGUUAAGGGAAACAAAGAUUUUCUGAAAUCAUUUGUAUACUAUUUUUCACACCCAAAAUCUUAGGGGUUCUACAGUAUGUAUUAAUUUGUAACUCGUGGGUACGCACGAGCGUACCAUGAGUUAUUGCAGGGACAGGGAUAUGCAAAUGAGUCCCUCGCUCACUCGUAGUAGACGCACUUCGUAAUUAAUUGGGUCUGAACUCGAGAGCGCGAAGAUCUAUCGUUUCCAAAGAAGCACGCACUUGCCGAAGUUCGGUAGCAUCAAAUGCGUGCAUCGUGCGCUAGAGCAUGGUUAGAGGAUAGAGGUCUUACCAAAUUUAAGACACGCAGGAAUCUUUCAGAUUAGUACGAUUCAAGAACCUUUGACUCGUCCAGGCGGUAAACUUGACGAGAAGAUGAGCAUUUGCUCUUCGACUCCUUCAACUUCGACGCUGGCUUGAUCUCCUACUUUGUAGUAAUGUAGUAGGUUAUGUGUAUGAAUGAAUGUAUGGUAAAUAAAGGCACUUCUUCUUCUUCUUCUUAAGUACUCCCCAAGGUCACGGGGGGAAAUGGAUGUGAUUUUGAGCAUUAGCUUUAAAAUGACAGCGGAAAUCGAGAUAAGAAAACAUAAGCUUAUGUUUUGCGUCCUACCUCGCGAGGAGUUGUGUCGGGUUUGUAUCGCAUAUGUUCUUUCAUUCAGGGUUGUCACUAAGAUUUCAAGUUGCCGGGUAAAUACAACAAGUAGGCGGGGAAUCAAACGGCUAGGGAUUUCUUUUGGUUCUAUUUUUCUUCUGUUUUUCGAAAAAAGUAGCCGGGAGCCACUCUCUUAGUUUCCGGGGAAAAUCCCCGGCCCCCGGCUCUUAAUGACAACCCUGUUUCAUUGCCAUGAAAUGCGUUUACAUUGUUUUUUACUGACGGUAGCGAGGUUUCAAUUAGCCUUAAUUUCAUCCGAUUCCUUCGAGUCGUUUUUUCGUUUUUUAUGGCUCGAUCGUUUGCCGGCGGAAGUUCCAUGGAAAAUGCAUUAAAUUUGAGACUUUUCACAAAAUCAUGUGAUCAUCCUCAAUGGCGUAGUGACUAUGUGAGGUCAGGUUAACUCGGAGGCACCUGGUUCAAAUUCUGCUAACGACCUUCCUUUUCCCUUCUUCCUUUUUUGUCUUUUUUGUUUUGUUUUGUUUGCUUAUUUGUUUUGCUGUUUUUUUUUUGUUGUUUUUGUUUUUAAAUAUAUACCGAAAUAACUGUUUAAUAAUAAAGUGCAAUAAACAGCAAGAAAGGUAUUGUGUUUCCAGAACAAGGAUAGUAUAUUUAUAACCUGAAUUUCUAUCAUUUCCUAAAAUUUACUGUGGGAAACCAGAGGUGAUAACUAAUUGAUUAUUUUCUAAACAACGUACCCACGAGUUGACGAUAGUCUUUCUUUGAUUCUUUAGUUGCUCAAGUUACAGUACAACACAGAUGUUGUUGUUGUUGUCCUUGUUGUUGUUAUAAAUUCACAGAAAACGUAUUUAUUACCAUUUGCUGCAUUUAAUGAGCAAACUUUACAACAGUAGACCUGUUCUGUUUUUCUCAACUGUAAUGUCAUUUCAAAACAAACAUCUCAAAAUAAAAAUUACUAGUAAACAGCAGUUCAAAUUGAUUUGUAACAUUCAAUCUUUUAUCUGCAGUGGCAGUGGACAUAACUGGGGCUGGGCAUCUGGUGGUUGUUCCAUUCUCGCUGAAUUUGGCACAUUGCACUUGGAGUUUGUGUAUUUAUCAAAGAUCACAGGAGAUCCAAUUUACGCAAAAAAGGUGAGAUUUUUGUCGUUAACCAGGGUGUUCAUUAGGCAUCUGAUAUAUGAAAAUUCUCCAUUUUUACUACGCAGAAUUCUGCGACUAAUGUUUGGUACUGUAUCUUAUGACUAUUUCUUUAUUCAGACAUGGAACCUCUUUCAAAACAUUCUCCCGUUAAGUUACACCUUUCUCCUGCUACUAGGAACCCUGCUUAACACACAAUUAUUAGGGCAGAUGUUAGGCUUGUGUUAAUACAAGAAAGGUCAAGUCACUUAUGAGAUGUUUCAUGGACAGGUAUAACCAGGGUUGUCAUUAAGAGCCGGGGGCCGGAGAUUUUCCCCGGCUACUAAGAGAGUGGCCCCUGGCUACUUUUGUUGGAAAAUAGAACAAAAAUAGAACCAAAAGAAAUCCGUAGCUGUUUGAUUCCCCGCCUACUUGUUGUAUUUACCCGGCAACUUGAAAUCUUAGUAACAACCCUGUAUAACACACAAAAGCAUUGCAUGUACAGAUCCAUCAAGUAUGAAGAGUUGAGUGGAGUUUUCAUUCUUGACUGGUGUUUUUAUUAGGUAUUCAGGGUCCGUGAAGUUCUAGAUCAGAUUGACAAACCUAAUGGAUUGUACCCCAACUAUUUAAACCCAAGGAGUGGAGUCUGGGGUUCACGUAAGUUGAUUUUUACUAUUUAUUGAGAACUUGAAAUGGAUCUGACAGUCUCAGAAAAGUUACAAUGUACACUGUAAUUCAAAAUGACUUUCUCUCAGUAUACACUCAAAUCUGCUGCCUGUCAACAGGGACACUUAGCUUGUUACUACAGGGUAUUUCAAGAGUUUGGUCCGAUUGUAAAUUGUAUUUUGCGAAAAGCGUUUAAUGCUUCCUUAGGCAAAUGUAAACUAAUUCAGGUAGGAAAUUUGUCUAAAUAACUGUUCAAAGCAAUUUCAAACUAAAAUUUGAAGAAAUUAUGAAAUUUUUAAAAUUUUUUCCCCAAAUGUGCACGUACGCGAAUUUUUUCCCGCCAUAUUUUUUUUGCCCAUUUUUUGUGAGGAAAUUUGCAUAUGUCUUGUAUUAGCAGAAUUAUUACAUUUCAAACUAAAAAGUCGAAUCUCGAGCGCGAUUUACGCAAAGAAACUGACAUAAAAUGAGUUACAAAGGGAAAUAGGAAAAUUCCUCACACCCUUUUUUAGGCCUUUUAUCUGUCAAUCAGGUGCAAUAAAAAGGAAGUGAACAUUAAUUUUAACAACCCGAAAGGGCUGGAGCUUCAGCAGUAAACUCGAUACCUCUGAGUUCGAGAGCAAACAACUUAAGCGCCUUUUGAAAUUCAAUGAAAUAAAAUCUUUUAUAAGGUAAUUUAGUCUUUUAGCUUUAAUUUGAUAUAUAACUUGCCUUUGUAGUGAAAAUACUCGCGCGACUCGAAUUUUUUUCUGUGGGCACCUCAUUUUCCUUUACCGAGACCUUAAAGGGAGACACCUAAGGGGAUAGGGAGGGCCUGCCCAAGAGGCCCAUGAAAUCAUGCCAUUGGUUGAGAGACAGCUCCUGGGGAAAUAAGUGUUCUCUUUUUGCCAAAAAACUGUCAUUCAAAGAAAAUAAAAUUGUUUGGAAACAUGUCAUACAAAAUUAAUGGUGAUGGUCUAGUACAUGUAAUCACUACACUUACAGGCAUAAAGUUCUGUACUGGCAUAUUGAAGAUCAGAUCUUGGAGGACACUUCAAUGGGAUGCUGGUUUUUGUUUUUUCAAAAUUAGACAUGAAUCUAAACUGUGUAUGUAUCAGUUCAUUGUUUUUGCAAUGUGCUGACUACUGCAGUACUGUUUAAUAGUGUGUAUCCCAAGUUCUGGGAACCAUCUACUUAUGCUUUUAAUGGUGUCACCCUGCAGCAAUGGAUUGUAAGUAAUGGAUUGUAAUCAAGCUCUUGCUUUCUUAACAGAACAUGUCUCUUUGGGUGCUCUUGGGGAUAGUUUUUAUGAGUACUUGAUCAAAUCCUGGGUAAUGAGUGGAGAAACAGAUAAUGUGGCCAGGAGGAUGUAUGAUAAAGCAGUGGAGGUUUGUAUUUACAAGUUCUAGUUACCAAAGUAAAGAGGUCCAUUAUUAAUGUGCAGAGUGUUCUUACUAAAAGAAUGAUAAAUUAUGAAAAAUUUAAAGGCAAAGAGAAUGACACUUCACUCUUGUAGGAAAGAGAAAAUCUAUAACAUUUACUUUAGUCUAAUUUCAUUUAAUUUUUUUAAAUAAAAUAAUUGUAAGCUUGACUUACAGCUGUAGCAGAUAAAGAUGUCAAGCUAGUCAGAGAUAUGCCAAAAGGAAAGAUACGAUGAUGUUAAUAGACCCAACUGAUAAAAUAAAUUAAAAUCAUUGUCACACUGUUGUCUUCUUAGUCUUAAGUUCUGAUUAUGGAACGACAUACACAGAAUUAUGCGGUAUUAAUUAUUGUAAGAAAAUACAUUUAUUUUAUUACAAUGAAUCAUUACUAGCAGUUACUAGCUGUUAAUAAUAAUUGUGGAUUGUCCUUAAAGGCUAUAGAAAGAAUGCUGGUCAGAAAAUCUUCAGCAUCCAAUCUUACGUACAUCGCAGAGUACAAAUAUGGAAGGUUGGAGCACAAAAUGGACCACUUGGUAAGCUGAUGUUUUGAUUAUAAAUUUGUGCCACUGUCUAGAAACUGAGAAAGAAAACUGUAGUGUUACUCCUUUUGGUUUUACCAAUUAAAAAACAUUAAUAAUAAUUAUUAUCAAACUAAUGUUAACCCUUUCAGUGUACUACCAGCAGUCAAUGAAAAACUUCACAUAAAGUCUACAUAUCUUCGAUAAGUCCAACGGAAAAGAAUUAUUAAUAGUACAGUGCAAAAGUUGUACCAAAGAAAUCUCUUUUCAACUGUAACACAGUAAGAUCUUGGUCCACAGAUCUAGAAGUUAGAAUGAUAGAUAAUAACACCAUGACAUUGUUUGAUAGGAGUUACAGCAAAGAGCCUAAAAGUAUGAUGGCUUUUGAUUUAUUCCCAUUCUUUCAUACAAAUUUAAUCCAAUCAGAAGCCAGCUGGAAACUGCCCUCGACCUCUGAUUAGUUAAUGUCUGCAUGAAAGAAUGUGAGGUUACACUUUCGGGUUCCUUGCUGUAAAGGGUUUUCUAUGGUCAUCAAUGUUGAUUAAGGUUGUAAACAAUAAUAUAUGGCAGCGUGAAAGUUCACGUGGACCAGCUACAGCAGUACACGCCAGAUGCACUUGUUUCUAAGGUUGACCAAACUAUCAGGGUCCAUUUCCCCUACUUUUUAAGAAUAGCAGUUUGAGUUCUGUUACGUCACUCAAUAAUAAUAAUAAUAAUAAAUGCUAUUUAGCCAGGGUUAUCUCUUCAGCAUAAAAUGCUGCUAUCAAUGAGGGCCCUGGAAAAUAAAUAAAUAAAUAAAUAAAAUAAAAAAAUAUCUAUAUAAAACUAGCCUAAAUUACAGUAACUAAAAAUACACUAAAAGUUAAAAAUACAACAAGAUUAAAAAAGUGUUUAAAAAAGCUAAAAUAUAGCAAUUAAAAUGCAUUUAAAAGCUAAACUAAUACAAAAAUGGAAAAGUGAAAGUGCUCUGAGAUGGUGCUUUUGGUUUUAUUAUCCUCAUCUGGGAAAGACAAGUCAAGAACCAUUGCAGAGGUCAAAACAAAAUAAUUUUAAAGGCAACGCCAUGUCAUCAGUUAUUUUUAGUUCCUGGGUGUUACCAUAAACUGCUGCUUUUAAGCCCUCUGCCACCUAUAAAUCCCCCAAGUUAAAGGCCUAUCUACCUGUAAGCAAAAAAUACGUCUGAUUAUAAGCCUGUGUACAAAACCCCCUCCCCUCAGGAAAAAUUGGAGUAUGGGCUUAAAGGGCCUCUUCUCCGAUUUUUGCUGAGGGGAGGGGGGUCUUUACACAGGCUACCUAUUAUAAGCUCCCCUGGAUAUGAGCUCCCUCUAAAUGUAUUGAAACUUGUUUUAUUAUGAGGUUUUGACACUCAGUAAAUAAAAAAUGUAUUAAUUUUUUUAUUAGCCUUGCUAAUAGCACUGUUCCAGUUAUACAGUAGGCCCCCUCAGAUAUUAGCCCUUCUGUUUAUGAAUCCUCCCAUAAAACCCCUUACAAACAUACAGUAUAAGCCCAAGGAUUAUUAUAUAAGUGGCAGUUUACAGUAUGUUAACAGGUGUGCUUAUAAAUGCUUUUACUUUCAGGCCUGUUUCACUGCUGGGAUGUUUGCUCUUGGAUCAAAAGGUUCUAAAAAUGAGAAGCAUUUCGUCAACCUUGGAGCAGAGAUUGCCAACACCUGCCACGAAUCUUACCGAAGGACAAGUAAUCAAAUUAAUAUUGAGAAACAAACAAUAGUGUGUCAUUCAGAUAAGAGGCAACUACGUAAAACUCUUACAGAUUGUUUAGUGCAAUCAUGACUUGUAGAGCCUGAAAACAUUACAGCCACAUUAUAAAGUUAUACCUCAAAACCCUAGAUGUAGGGGUUGAAAGGAGUAUUAAAAUAAGUAUAAGGGCUGGCAAGAGUUGUUGCACCAAUGAUCAGUUUGCAUUUUUUUUCAGUUUGCUUCUUAGUUUCUCUGUAAGGAUAUUAUUAUUUCACUGUUAUUCAAAGAUCACCCCAAGUUAUUCUUUGUUAUUUUCCUAUUAUUACAGCAACUGGAAUUGGCCCAGAGGCAUUUAGAUUUGAAGGACCUCAUGAAGCAGUAGGCCUGCGUAGUAAUGAAAGGUACUACAUUCUUCGACCUGAAGUUAUUGAGGCAUAUUUCUACAUGUGGCGCUAUACGCAUGAGCCCAAAUAUCGGGAAUGGGCCUGGGAAGCAGCACAGGUUAGUAGAAUGAAGGAUGUUGCAGAAGAUAGGAAGAUCAAGAUUAUAAAAAAUAAUAUAAAAAAGAAAAUAAAAAAAAACGCUUUGCUAGUGCUUGCUUCUGGCUAGUUUAUGGGCUUUCUACUCGAAGAAUUUUACCAUACAGAAUAAUAAUACAAAAGACAAUAAGAAACCCAACUAGAAAGAAGCAUUUAGCAUUGGCUAUUUAAGGACAGUCUAUUAGAAAACUUAGUUGCAGGGGAGGGGUGGGUGGGGGCGUGACGUACAAAACAAUUUGGGCAAGGGACAAUUAAAGGAAAAAAAUUCAUGCACACUACGUUAUCUUUAAAAGUAUUUAUGCCCCAGCCUAAAAAAAGUUCAUACAAGGGAAAAUAAUGUUAACGAAAAUUCCCCGCCCCUCUUCUAUAACUUCCCCUUCCGAGCAGUGGGUGAGUGGUUUAGUCUAAGUUAUUACCAAUAGCACAAGCUAGUCGUGGCCAUUGAUGGUCAUAAUUAGCUAGGCAGUAGGCAAUAAACAACAUUAAAAUUACUCAAAUAAAACUGAACUUUCAAGAAAUAUUAUACUACUUUAGGAAAGGACCAAGCAGGGUUUUUGAUGUUUGAUGACUUUUUUUUUCAGAACAUUGAAAAGUUUUGCCGGGUGGAGGCAGGAUACUGUGGAAUACGUGAUGUUUCUCAGGUUCCUGUGUCACAUGAUGAUGUCCAACAAAGUUUCUUCCUAGCAGAAACUUUAAAAUACUUGUAUUUGAUAUUCUCUGAUGACACUCUUAUUCCUUUAGAUCACUGGGUCUUCAACACUGAAGCUCACCCAUUACCAGUAAUUGGCAAAAUGCAGCCAGUUCAGUCAAGAUAGUUAGGACAUCUUUUAAAAUUAAGUUCAAGUCAGUUUGGACAUUUCCAAGUGCACGACUAGAACAAUAAUAAUUAUAAUAUUAGGUGUAGUAGACUUAUACCCAGGGGUUGAUUCCUUUGGCAUUUUGAAAAUCCAAAGAUGUUACAGAUGAAACUGACAAGGGCAAUUCCUUUUCUCUGUUUUUGUAUCCAUGGAAUUUUUUUGGAGUUAAUUGUCACUCUGGGAAGAUCGGCUACAUGUACAAAUAACACUGCUUCCCUGCCCACAGGGGCUGGGCUGUCACUAAGCUUUCAUGAUGCUGGGUGUAUGCAAUUAUUAGGUGGGGAAAUGAACAGCUAGGAAGUUCUAUUGGUUCUAUUUUCGUUUUGGUGUCAUAUUAAAGUAUCCAGGGGUCAUGUUCAUCAUACAUGUAGCAGGGGCAAAUCCGCAAUCCCCGGCCAUAAGUGACAGCCAUGCUGUAUGCAGGGUCCGAAAUUAGAUUGUUAAUACGGGCGCCAACUGGCAAUCAAGUAUAAAUUUUUGGUCGCCAGAGGGCAAAUUGUGGUCACCAAAAAAUUCCCCCUCCCUUUUUUCCCAAUAAUAGUUUAAACACGAAUAAAAAAUGCAUGGUAUGGACGUUUUUAUGAUCGAAAAUUGCACUUCUUCCACUCCCGAUAUCAGAAAGCAACCGUACGUGUACGAGAGAAGUCUUUUUUUUCCCGCAAAUUACUUUUUGGAGAUAUAAAGCUGUCUGACUUAGAACGUAGGAACAGAAAGCUGUCUGCCCAUGACUGCACUGAUCACUCGUACCAGUACACAAAGUACAUAACGUACUUACCGAACAACAUGGCGGCUUGGAAACGUUCAACUCGUAUUGAUCGUAGCUGUUGUGGAGGUAUUAUUACAGGAAGAUUCAUUUCACUUUUAAUUAAAAAAUAUCAGCAGGACAAAAAGUAAGACACCUGUUGGCAAAUAGCUGCGAGGUUUCAAUUCUUGAUCAAUUUCUCCGAACGUUAAAGUCCACAAUAACAACCAGCUUUACAAGUUGCUAGCUGGCGACCAGCUAUGAAAUUCUGGUUGCUAGGACUAAAUUUUUAGUCGCAUUGGCGACCAGGAAGGCACAAUUUCGGACCCUGGUAUGGGCAUUAUUGUACCCAAAGGUAAUAUGGCUAGUGUAACCACAGGUAUUUCAGUCUUAUUAAUUUUGUACUUAAAUAGAGGAUAUUACAUGGCCGCUCGGAGAUACGAAAUUUCUCUUCGAGUGUUGAAAAAUAUUUCACGAGUGAGCGCAGCGAACGAGUGAAAUAUUUUCAACACGAGAAGAGAAAUUUGGUAUCUGCAAGUGGCCAUGUAAAGCUCACCUGGUAUUUCAUUGGUGUUUAUAUAAUAAUAUAAGCUUAAAGCUAAAAACAUAACAGCCUUUUUAGACAAUAAUUAUGUAAUAAUAAUUAUUACCUAUUGUCUAAAGGCUGUUAUUAUUAUAUUGUCUAAAAAGGCUCUGUGGUUCCUGUUUUUUAUACCCUAUGGCUACUACUAUACAACCAAAACACUACCACAAUAUUUUGUGAUAUUCAAUCAAGAAACUUACUUCCAAAUGUCAAAAUUAACUAAGGUACUUUUAACAUUAAUUAGAUGCACACAUGAAUUAAUUACUGUAAAAUACUUUCAUAUAAAAUUAUGAUAAGUUUGAUCUUAAGUGUCAAGCUCUGUAGUAUUGUUACAAUUCUAACCUAAAUAAAUACUAUAAUUUGUUUAUAUCUGCCAAUUUUCAAUGUAGAUUUUUUGUGAUUGCACAUAGUAGUUGUAAGAAAAACAAACAACCCAAAUUAAUUUUCAUAGAAAGGAUAAAAUUAAUAAUUGUGUAUCAAAUCUAAUUUCUCAGAGUUGAUUAUUUUAAAAAAAAUUGUGUACUCAGUGGGCCUUCCCUUGGCAGGUCUUCUAAAAAGUUUCAAUAACACGUUUUGUGGCAAGACAUUGCAAAGUGUCUCAUUGUAAUGGAUUAAUUGAAGUUUUCAGAUUGAGAAAUUUUAGACCAAAGAUUAACAGCUUCCAAGUUGGUAAAUGCUGGAAUGAUAAUGGUGGAUGAUGUAUGUCUGGCUUUUCGAUAAUUGAAGAUACUCUAUAUCCACAUUUACUCUUCCUUUUCAAAGUGCUUUUCCUUGUUUUGUCUUCAUGAAUGCUACUUUGAAAUUCCCAAAAAUGCUAUUGAAGAUUCUGAUUCACAUUGUACAACAUGACAAAGCUUUCUUUCUACUACCAUUAUUAUACUGUUCAGAGUGUUCAUUGGGCAUCGGAGAUUGGAGAAUUCUCUGUUUACUUAGCAGAAUUCUCCGGCUAAUGUUCAGUAGUCUAUGACUAGUUUUAAUUCAGACACAGAGCCCCUUUCAAAAUAUUCUCCGAUAACCUGAAACCCUUCUCUCAUUACUAGAAUUCUUAAUGAAAACCCUGACUGCUUCUUACAUCAACACACAAAUUCCUAAUUUUAUUCCAGGUUGAUCCAUAAUUAUUAUUUAUUUAAGGAUUAUUUUGCACAGUUGAUAGUUUGCUCAUUUCGGAAAUUUGAGCAAAUGUCAACUUGAAUCUGAUUUUUGUUAUGUUUGCCUAAUAUUUCUGUUUAUAAUUAUGUAACCUGACUAAUGGAGCUCUUUAGCAUGUUUGUUGGUUAUCCCAUUUCACUCCUCAUGAUGUUUCUUUAGAGAAAUGUUUUCUUCCAAUUUCUUCCUGUCCACAUACACAAGUUUGCAUAAUGUAUGUAAAGACAAUGUACAAAAUGCCCUUAGUUACGAACAUGGGAAAAAACAAACAAGCUAAACAAAGGGGCUGACCAUUUAACUUUUGAGGUGAGAUGGGUGAUCUAAGUAGUUGACUUGGAUAAAAUUCUUUCCCAAACUAAUUCACCCCCAAAAAGUUAAUUGGUUGGUCUUGAAGAGUUCUAUUUCUAUGUGUGAGGUGUGAAACUGAACAAAUCUCUUUUAUAUAAGUUAAUUUUAAAGUAAAUUUUAAUGUAUUGUAAUUAGUUCAGGAUGCACCUCACUGUGUAAAAUGGAAUGUCUUGUAACAGAACACAUCAAUGUAAAUCUAUGAUUACAUGUCUUUUUUGUACAAAUAUGGAUUUUUAUCCGGGGGUUUAUUAAUAACAUACUUUUCUAGCAGGGCUAGACGCGUUUUUCCAGCCUUAUGACAUGACGCGUACGUCCCACAUACAAGACUUAAUUUCAUAUGAUUUUCCAAUGAAAUUGCGCACGGAGUUCUGCGGGUCAUAUAAUAAAUCAGGUUAAAUACUCUUAAAAAUCAAGACUGUGAGCAGGCUUUCCUCUCCUGCCCUCUUUCUUGAAGUGAGAAAAUUGAGGCAAAGCUAGUGUUAGGUAAGUAUUAAAACUACAAGCUGUAACAAUUAUUAUUUUGCAUUAUAAAUUAUUAUAAAUCAACUUGUGUGCAUACUAAUCUGAGGAAAAAUCGAACUUCUGCUUACA